AUGUCACUUCUGUUUCCUUCACAGGUUGUUCUACCGAACCCUGUCCUCUGUGUCUUCCUGUUCUACACAGUGCACUACAUGUCUCUGGGCUUGUGUAGCCUGACAAGUAAGGUGUAUGAGUCGGAAGUCCUGGCUCCAUUUGAUUUCAAAACAAACCCCUCAUGGCUAGACAUGAAUUAUAAAGUUCUUCUAUUCUCAACAGAAGUCACCUACCUUUUUUGUGGGUUGCUUUUUGCUCUGGUCAUAGAAGAAUGGGUUUGGGAUUACGCUAUUUCAGUAAUGAUUUUUCAUGUUGUCAUCACUUCUUCCGUGAUGUUGGAGUUCCCCUCGACAUCACAUCGGUGGGCUGCCUUAGUUUUGCAAGUGUGGAAACUGACAUGUACCGAACGGGAUAAUUUAGUAGAGUUCCUGCAGCCACUAAGGUGGGUUCCCUUCCCAGCUUUUCCUUCUGCUGUGGAUUGCCGCACGCAGCUACUCCUAUGUACAAAUCCUGAAGCUAUGACUGCGAAGACGUGGUGGUUGCAGUCUUGGAGUCCUGGAGGAUUUCAGUUAGAAGACACAAGGAUCUGGCUUAAUUUCAAUAUGUGGCGACCAGACUUCAGCAUACUGCUUGUUCAAGGACAACUUUAUCUACCCAGAUCUGGAUGA